UUUUAUUUUGAAACAGAUUUGACACGGAACGAGACGUAAACGUCAUUUCAUUGAGUAUUUGAUAUGAUGCUGCAGCCUGAGUUACUUGAACUUUUGGCAUCUAAUACACCAAAACUUCUUGCAGAUAAAAUACCCGUAAUUCAAAACAGGGAUUCCGAAUGGACUGCAUUUCAACAAAAAGGAAUAGGGGACGAACGAGAUUCACCUUUUAGAUUCAGACCUGAACGGAUCCGCGUUGCUAUCGAAGAUGAAUAUUUUGAAGAUGGUGACGUACAUCGACACAUGUAUCUACAGGAUGUCGCAACGGCAUUUGCAGAAGAUUACCAACCUCCGAUCAUCUCUGAAUUCAGAUGUCAUAUUGCUGGAUGCAAACAGUUCUUUGACACACUAGAAGGGUACGAGCAUCACUACAAUGCCUUACAUCGCAAUGUGUGCUCCAGCUGCAAGCGCUCAUUUCCAUCAAACAGACUCCUGGAAAUGCACAUCUUGGAGUGGCAUGACUCUCUUUUCCAGGUCAUGGCAGAGAAGCAGUGCAUGUAUGAGUGCUUGGUUGAGGGUUGUGGACUGAAAUUCAAAACCACGAAAGAGAGGAAAGAUCAUCUUAUUAAAACACACAGCUAUCCUGCAGACUUCAGAUUUGACAAAUCAAAGAAGAUUGGAAGAAUACGAGAAAAAAAGAAUCCAAAACAGAAGGAUGCACAAAUGGAGGUUUGUGAAACAGCAGCUAGUCAACCAGAAAGCUCCGAGUCAAUGGACUUCUCUCUGACCCCAGACACAGAAAGCCUGAAGACUUUAGAAACGGAUCCAAUGAAUACAGUCAGUGCAAAGCCACAAUAUUCCUACAGAGUUCCGUCAUCCAUUUGCUUUGGUCAUGGCUCGCUCAGAGGGUUUAGAGGAAGAAGGAAGAAGUAGGCCAAAGCUUUUAUUAAAGGAAUACAAUAUAUCUUGUGUUCGCAUGUUUGGUAAAAAUAACUGUUUACAGACCAGUAUUUUUGUAAUAAAAGUUUCCUAAAGCAAAA